AGAGCGAGGAAACUUCUCUGGCAGCACAUUCAACCAUCCGCCUCAAAGGCUAUUUUGUGCUUCAACUCGGCAACAGAAAUGCAACCAAUAAGUGUUUUCUCGCUGUUAUUGAGUGCCGUGGUUUGCUCACUGGUGCUGGCCGAGCCACUCAGCCACUAUCACCACGAUGUCAGCAGUUCGAGCAGUGGCAGCGCUAGUGGUAGUGGCAGCGGAAGCAGCAGCUCGGGGUCUGCAUCAGGCGGCUAUCAAUACAAAAAGCCAAAGAAACCCUUCUACCUUCCACCUUUCAAGUCAUCAGCCAGCCAUACAAAGAUUAAAAUCAUCAAAAACCACGGCCUCGGACACAAGAAGAUAAUUAAACACCACAAGCCUAGCACCAGCUACGGCACCAGCUCAAGCUCCUCUGGUUCCUCUGGCUCAGGAAGCUCGUCCAGCGGCUCCUCUUCCUCCUCUGGGUCAGGACCAAGCGGACACGGCCACCACUUCCACUACAAGCCGGCCCUCAAAGUUAUCAUCAAAAAGCACGGCAAGGGUUUCCACCAUGGCUAAAGAAUAAUUUUCACAGAAAAUAUCCAUCUACACAGUAAAUUCACCUCUUAAAUUUUGCACUUGAAUUUUUUAACUGAGCUUUGUUUUGUUUAUAUUUGGAGCACUAUUUGCAUUACACGUUUUUAAUAUUAAUUUUUUUCAUAAAUAAAAUAAAAUUUGAAGGUUCGA